AUCCCGCCUCCGAACGUCACCGUGUUUGAUCCUUGCCCCUGGGUGUCCUUAACCAAAAUGGGACUAGCGUUGGUCGGGCUCUCUCGUCCUUUUCGACGUCGCGCCUCACGCGGGCAAAUCCUCAUCGGUUCUGUUCCGUCAUCAUCCACGACGGCUCGACCUCGGUUUUCGACCCGCUUCCCCAAGUUUAAAUCACCAUAGCUCUGUCAAUACAUCUCGUUGUCGCGUUGUUCUUUGGUUUCCGAUAUUCGAUUCUGUUUUGUACAAAUGAUACUAUUCUGCGCCUAAUUAUCUGAAACGUCGAAGUAAAGUUGGAGUUUUGGACGAAAUAUUAACUCAAUAAAGAAGUAAGAGGAGGGGAAAGGGUAUAUAGAAGAUAAGGAGAAGGAGAAAGAGAGAAGUUCAAAAAUAUAGGUCGAGAUGCAGGCUCCGAAUCCAUCUCAACGGUCGUUACAGCGACGGUCUCCAGCACCCAACGAUGGUGCUUCGUCAAAUAUUCCUACGCGAUCGAUGUCGCCAGCAACCAUGCAGCCACGCUCGUCCACGGCUUCAAGUAGAUCGGCUGGAAGUAAUUCAAGGAGAAAUCAAUCGAAUGGCUCGUCGAUGCCACUUUCGCAAAUAGAAAAAAGCGUAACGCAUUUACUGGUCGCGACGAAACAACUUCUUGAAACGUUAACACAGUGGUCGCGCGGACAAGCUACCGACACCCAAGUGUCUGACGUUUAUGUUCGAUUAGGCUAUGAGUUUAAUAUGGCCUGUCGCGCAUUUACUGCAAUCAACGUCGAUACAUCAGAUUUAGGAAACGUCCCCGAAAACCUGAGACACAUACUGGAGGCUACGCUGAGCCAAGAAGCGAAUACCGAAAGUCUGGAGAAAUAUCUACCCCGUAUACGAGACAUAAUCAUUCACCUUCUACACGGCUUAAAAAGAAAACAGCAGAAACUAAGACAGAAACAAACUCGGGAUAAAGACGGCGGAAGCUCUCCCGAAUCCAGUACCGGGAUUGCGAACCGCACCAUGAGUAGUAGUACUACUGGGAGCAACAAUACUGGUCUCACAUCACUUCUAAACGAGGGCCUCGAGAACGGGUACGCUGCGCCGUCACAGCAAAAUGAAGGUCCUCUGGGAAUCAACCAUUCCCCAAAUCGACGGGUCCUUCCCCGAGACCAGUCGAACGCAUCUUUCAACUCCGAACAAUCUUCGCUAUCAAGCAAUACAAUGCAGAACAUGCCUGUGCUUGCGCCAUAUCCUGGGGAUGAAUCUACGAUACCUACAGGUCCAGCAGCCAAUCUAGAUAUCGACUCCUUCCCCCCGCCUCCACCACCGCCAAAGUCACAACAGAGCGCCCUUGCUGCCUUACAAAGAGGAGGAGACUUAGAGAGAAGAGCCUCUCGGAGAUAUUCUGCCUAUCAGAUUUCUAAACAUUUGGGAGCCCCGACUAACGGCGUGCCUAUGCUACCUACUCAAAAUACUCCGAUACCAAACCGAGGUCGUGGCGAGGUAAGAGAAUCGAUGCGAGCAGUACAAGUUCGGGAAUCACUACGUCAUAAUCGCAAUACUUCCAACCAGUCCAAAAACGGGUACGAACCGUCUUCGCCAGUAAGGGUGCCUAUCAAGAUAAUCGAAGAAAGCCCUAAGCCCGAUUUACUACCUCCUCGACAAGACAGCCCGCCCGCCCGGUCACCAGACGAUAAAUACAAGCCCAGUGCGACUAUAUCCGGACCUUUGGACGACGGGUUUCCAAUAUUAGCCCCUCCUGGGUCCCCUGAGAAGUCAAGGCCGACGAUAGAAAUAGAUGCAGCCACGGAAUUGAAACCGCGGCCUGAAACGCCUCCAGAAAAGCAGAAGCAACCUGUACAAGAUCAAUCGCCACCCUUGGAGAGGGAGCUUACGCUGUUCUUACAAUACAAGUCUAAGGUUAAGAAAUUUGUGCUUCCACAAGGCUAUACCGAUCUAACGAUCGGACGCCUGCAACUCGCUUUUAUCGAAAAGUUCUCCUGGAACACAGCCUUGAAUGGAAGUGAUCUGCCGGAGAUAUAUAUCCAAGAUCCUGUAUCCGGGAUACGACACGAGCUCGAGGACCUUUCCGAUAUCAAAGACCGUACGGUGCUUGCACUAAACGUCGAACCGCUAGACGAGGUCAAGAAGCAUUUCGACGAAGGCAUCGGGGCCCUUAAGAAGGCGGUGGAUGAGGUGAAGCAGAACGUCACGGACCAGGGAUCAGCUCUACAAAGGGUGUCCGAUAGGCAAUUAGAGACCGCCAAAGAGAUGGCUCGUAUGGCUGCGGCACCACCACCCAUGAUGGAUGGCGUUAAAGCUGGUGGAGCUGGUGCUGGCGCCAAGCUCAAUCCCAACCAGCUUCGAGAGUUGCAAAGCUUACGUCGCGAUCUUGCCGUCUUGCGACAGACAUACUCGAAUUUCCAGACCGAGAUCCAGAGUUCCAUGUCCUCAUUACGGGGCAAGGCGGCUAAUGUCAAGGUUGCGGCGGCAAAGGCCUCGGUGCCUGCCGGACAGGGCGAUGCAGGUUAUGCUUAUGUGACCAAGGGCCGUAAGCAACUCAAUUCAGACUCGGACCGCCUUGUCACCAGAGUGGAUGAUCUUCAGGACCUUGUUGAGGACUUGCGCAAGGACGUCGUUAAUCGCGGCGUGCGACCCUUGCCACGCCAACUCGAAGGCGUGUCCAAGGAUAUCCAAGUCUUGACUAAGGAGCUCAAGAAGGUCCAGGAGUACAUGAAGCGAGAGAAACCUGUCUGGACCAAGAUCUGGGAGAAGGAGCUAGAGGAAGUCUGCCAAGGCCGUGACGAGCUUAAGGUUAUGGAGGACCUCAUGGUCGACUUGCAGGAUGACAUCGAAAAGGCCUCGGAGACUUUUGCGCUCGUCGAGCAAGCUACCAAAGAGCAGAUGAAGGACACGGCACCAACCGGAAGGCAAUUCUCUAAGGGCCUACAUCAUCUUGGCAACAGCUCCGAUCCUAGCGCCGCGAAAGAAGGCGUGUUGGGCGAGGUCAGAGCGCUACAGCCAAACCACGAGGAUCGGUUAGAAGCUAUCGAGCGCGCGGAGAAGCUACGACAAAAGGAGCUAGAAAGUCGGCGGGAUAACCCGCUAACAAAGGAGCUGACCAAGUUCGUGGAGGACGGGAAGCUCAAGAAGAGCGGCGGGUUUGAGGAGGUGGAGAGGGCGAGAAAGGCUAAAGACGACCGGAUACGACGGGAGGUUUGGGAGCGGAUGAACGGAAUAAUACCCGACGAGCCCGUCGGGGAGGAAGGAAACAACGAGGAGGAGGCGGAGGUCGCCGCCGAGACUCCGGACGUCGAGGGCGGCGAUGGUAUAUAAGGUUGUAGGCCUAUUUAUAAGAUACGCUUACCGGGAUUUCCUUCUUUCCAAUGGCCCGUUAAAGCCGCACUUGAUGUCAUUUCAUAGCCCAGGCGCCAUUAUUCAUUGCGGGGUUAUAUCGUCGGUUUUGUCUUUACUUUGUACUUUUUUGACCCCUCGGCGUCAGGGGAGGACAACGGGGAGGGGGUUCGUUCGCGCAACACUAGGUACCUCGGUGAAUGAUGGUCAUGGAUGUUAUUGUCUACUAGUCAGGUCAGUAUUUACUAUUAGGAUAUAUUCUAGGCUUUAGUGAUGAAUAUAGUGGAAUCAUCAAGUUAGCAUGUAAAUUUAUCGUUAUCUAUCAAGCAGCA